AUGGCUUCUGUGUUUCUCGUUUCGCAGCGGCGCAGCUUUGCGUCGCGCAGUACCACCUCCGCCAGAACAGUUGUACAACUCGGAAGCCAACUUCUGCGGCAGUCCCUUGCGACCUGCACUUGGAACCAGGGCCGUGGUACGCAAAUGUUAUCAUCAGUCGCCGUGCGCCGGAGUGCAUGUGCUGCACCUGUAGUUGCCAGCACUAUGGUCUACUCCGCUAGUAGUUCCGUCUCCUCGGCGCGGCCACUUGUUCAUCUUCGUGGAGUACUAGCACGGCCUUGUGUAUUUUUAGACAAUGAAAGUGCAGCUGCAAGGUCUUUCUUCACGACCACGACCAGCUUCGUGCAGCCGCAGUGCCACAGCACGCAUGGCCUUGCGACGAGGAACCACAGCACACCUCGACGGACCAUGUCAUCUACGUCGUCCAGCACGCCGUCCUCCGGGCCGGAGUAUGAAAAGCACGUGCGUGACCUGAUCGCACGACACUUCACCGCGAAGCUGUCACCACCAACCGAGACCGUUAAUGUACAGGUGACGGACCGCUCCGGUGGGUGCGGCACCAGUUACGAAAUCGUGGUGGAAUCCAGGGCGUUCGACUCCAAGUCGCGCUUGCAGCGGGAGCGCAUGUAUCCUGUGCAAAAGUAUCGUAGUCGUACUAAAAAUUGCAUUUAUGCAUGACGAAUCUCCUUCCUAAGGUAAAACAGCAUGACAAAUUCCACUGUUCUUUUUGCCAAAAUUUGUGAUGCAAUUUAUUCUAGUGCGAUACUUUUGCAAUGCAUAGCAUGGUACAGGAACCCAUACGCGAGGAAAUCAAAAAGUGGCACGCCGUGACGAUCCGAACCCUUAUACCACAGGAAGAUGAGAGCUCGUCGACCUAACAAGUCCGAGUAUUGAAGUGGAUUUAAUACACUUCGGGAUUCAUGUCUGGCAGAGAAAGUUGUAGACCGACUGUAGUUGUACAUCAUCAACACAAGGAAAUUAUAAUGAAGAACACUGCGCGUGCUGUUGAUGAUGGAUUUUAUUUGGGGUCGAUACCUGGCGCCUUGAAAAUAAAUAUUAGGAAAGAGGAUUUGUGUAAAGCCUGUGGUGGUCACGAGCAGCA